AUGGGGCUUUCUGGCCCAAAGGGGGAGAAAGGCGAGCCGGGAGAGCCCAGGGUGAUUGUGGAUGGAGCACAGGGGCUGCCAGGCCGGAAAGGGGAGCCGGGCAUGCCGGGGGAGAAGGGUGACCGAGGGGAGAGGGGCCUGCCUGGGGACCCCGGGCCCCGGGGACCUGCUGGGCCCCCCGGCCUGAAGGGAGAGAAGGGCCCUCGAGGACCUCCAGGGGAGCAGGGCAGGAAGGGAGACCGCGGGGCACCGGGCGAGCUGGGAGAGAUGGGCGAGAAGGGGGACCGUGGCAUGCCGGGCCCUGAGGGCGAGAAGGGUGAUCCGGGACCACCAGGCAAGCCGGCUCCCAGCGUGGCCGGUGUUGGAGGAGAGAAGGGUGACAGAGGCUUCCCAGGACCAGAAGGACCUCCUGGCCCCAAGGGUGAAGCAGGAGAUAAAGGUGCCCGUGGUGCCCCUGGCCUGAGCAUCCCAGGGCCCGCCGGCCCCAAAGGCGAGCAGGGUGAUCGGGGUAUCGUUGGCCUCACGGGCAGGAGUGGCCCAAAGGGAGAGCGUGGAGAGAAGGGCGACGAAGGCACCCCGGGUGAAGCAGGUCUGCCUGGCAAACCCGGAGACAGGGGCCCCCGGGGCCUCCCCGGCUACCGUGGCCCCCCCGGGGAGAAGGGUGACUCUGGGGACCCAGGUCCCGAAGGCAGGAAUGGCAGCCCUGGAGCACCAGGGAGCAAGGGUGACCGUGGGGAGCCGGUCGAUGUGGGGCUCGGAGGAGUGGGGGAGAAGGGUGAGAAGGGAGACCCUGGGGACCCCGGCGAGGAUGGUGCAAAGGGUGCCCGGGGCGAUGCCGGCUCCCCUGGCCUGCCUGGAGAGAGGGGCGUGGAGGGUCCCCGUGGCCCCCCUGGUGCACGGGGUGACCCUGGGGACCGAGGCCUGCCAGGAGAGAAGGGGGACCGCGGCCCACCGGGGCUGGAUGGCCGCAACGGGCUGGAAGGCAAACCCGGGCCCCAGGGUGGGGGUGUCCCUGCCCUCACCUCCUCCCUGGCUGCAGGGGGAUCUGGGGAAGCAGGGGGACCCCGGCCGGGACGUAAGUACCUCCAGGGAGAGCGGGGGCUGCCUGGGCUGCGUGGGGAGCAGGGACCACCUGGCCCCGUGGGCCCCCUGGGACCACCCGGUGUCCCUGGCAAACCCGGUGACGAUGGCAAACCCGGCCUCAGCGGCAAGAAUGGAGAAGACGGGGUGCCAGGAGAGGACGGGAGGAAGGGAGACAAAGGUGACAUGGGUCCCCCUGGCAGAGAUGGCCGCAGCGGUGCCAAGGGCGAGCAGGGGGACAGAGGUGUGCCAGGCCCCCUUGGCCCCCCUGGCCUCCCUGGUGUUCCGGGGCAGGUUGGUCCCCCAGGCCAGGGCUCGCCAGGCCUCCGUGGGGUGGCUGGACCGAAGGGGGACCCGGGGGAGCCCGGACUGCGAGGGGAGCCGGGGCGACCUGGCAACCCUGGAGCACGCGGAGACCCCGGGACUGCAGUGAACAUUGAACGUAGCCUAGAAGCGCUUGGCAUCAAGAUAUCCUCCCUGAAGGAGCUCACGGGUGCUUACGACGGGAGCUCGGACUCAUUUUUGCCGGUGUCUGAGCGGCUGCGGGGCCAGAAGGGCAGCCGGGGGGAGCCAGGAGAGAGAGGGCCUCCAGGCCGAGAGGGUUCCUUAGGCUUCCCCGGUGAGCGAGGACCCAAAGGGCAGGGACGGCUUGCCGGGCCCUCCAGGGCCCCCAGGGCCCAAGCCCUGACUGCGCCCUGCCCGCAGGCAGACGUGGUGGAGGGCAGCCUGAUGGGCUUCCCGGGCGAGCGCGGCCCUGCUGGACCCAAGGGAGCGAAGGGCGAGCCGGGAGCUGAGGGCGAGCGGGGACCCAAAGGAGAUAAGGGUGAGGGUGGCCCACGGGGUGAGCGAGGGGAGCCUGGCGAGAAGGGCAGGGACGGCGCCCCAGGUCUCCCGGGUGAGAGAGGGCUGGCUGGCACUGAGGGGAAGCCGGGGGGGGGGGACACGGGCUUGCCAGGCUUCCCCGGCGUGCUGGGACGCCCGGGUGUUCCGGGGGAACCUGGCUCCGGCAUCCGGGGCUUGCCUGGUCCCCAGGGCAGCAUGGGGCUGCCUGGUCCCCCUGGCCCCCCUGGACCGGGGGGCCCACCGGGUGUCCCUGGGCUGCCAGGACAAGUGGGGGAGAGCGGGAAGCCAGGCGUGCCAGGCAGGGACGGCGUGCCGGGGAAGGAUGGCGAGACGGGUAUCCCUGGGAAGAUGGGCAUGCCAGGACCUUCAGGCCCUGCCGGUCCCAAGGGAGAGCCAGGGGAUGCCGGAGCCCCAGGGCAGGCCAUCGCCGGCCCUCCUGGCGCCAAAGGCGAGAAGGGCGAGCCGGCACUGCUGAAGGGCAUGCUGCUGGGAGGACCCGGCUCCAAGGGUGACCGAGGCUUGCCAGGUCCCAAGGGCGAGAAGGGGGAGCCAGGAGGAUUCGGGGAGCCAGGAGAUCCUGGGGAAGAUGGAGCCAAGGGGUCCUCCGGAGCCAAAGGGGAGAAGGGAUCGCCAGGUGUUGGUGUGCGGGGGCCACCAGGACAGGACGGACCUCCGGGUUUGAAGGGUGACAUCGGAUUGCCGGGACUCCCAGGACCCCCAGGCUUAGCAGGCAUUGCUGGGACGCCAGGACAGCCAGGCCUGAGAGGGGACAAUGGGCAGCCUGGCCCGCCUGGUCCUCCAGGAGAAAGGGGUUUGAUCGGCUUUCCUGGGAGAGAUGGUGCCUCUGGACCACCAGGACCUGUGGGACCCCCAGGGCCAGCCGGCAUACAUGGGGCCUCUGGCCUGAAGGGUGACAAGGGUGAAGACGGGCGCCCAGGGCCAGAAGGGGAUCGCGGGCCGGCGGGCUUGCCCGGGAACCGGGGGGAGCGUGGGGACAAGGGAGACCUUGGGGCCCCGGGGCCCAAAGGAGACAAGGGCGACACUGUGGUGGUGGAGGGGCCCGUCGGAGCACGGGGCAGCAAGGGGGAGCCGGGAGAGCGUGGCCUGAAGGGCACGGAAGGGGACAAGGGGGACAAGGGGGAGCAAGGCAUGCCUGGAGAGAAGGUAUAG